GAGUUGUUUCCUGCAGUCAUGAUGGGAUCUCUGGAUCAGUGUUGGAGGUUACAGUCAGACCAGGAGACAACAUCACUCUGUACUGUGACUGCAAAACAUCAUCUGGAGUAUACAUAGUGUGGUACAGGAACUGUUCUCAUGAGAACCAGCCUUCUCUUGUUCUGAAAACAAAAUUUGGGCGAAGAGACGGUACAUCUUUAGAAGAUACAAACAUUCUGAAUCCAUUCCCUCGUUUUCAUUUGGAGAAUAACAAUUCCUCUCGAUCCUACGACCUGCUGAUCAUGAACAUCACUGAUUCAGAUGAGGGCCUCUACUACUGUGGAACUGAGGAGACCGACGUGGAGGAUAAGACAACAAUUUCUCUCAUAAAUGUUUACACUUAUGGAAAUGCCACAAGGAUCGUAGUCAACUCCAGUGAGCCAGAUUACCAAACCUCAACCCAUCAACAAGGCUGUGGUGUGUGCUGGACGCUGCUGCUCUCUCUCUGUCCAUCUCUGGCUGUUCUCUCCUCUCUCCUCUUCUCUCUUUUGGUUUAUCAGCUCAGCCAGAAAACAGCUAAAGAACCUCAAGUGGACCGACAAAGACCUGACACCAGAGGAACAACAAGAAAUCUGGAUGAAGAUGUGUGUUACGCUGCACUGGAAAUUCGUCAAGCAUCACAGAGACCAAAGAAGAAGAAAAUCCAGAGUUCUGACUUCAGCACAUAUUCUGCCAUCAAUACUUCUAGGGUGUGAAGGACCUAACAAGUUAACAUUAGAA